GGCGCCUCCUUUAGCGACAGCGGAAGAGCUGAACCACGUUAAAGCGAAUUCGGAGGUGACCUUCGUGCGUUGGAAACUGGCGAGAUUUGUUAUGGCUGGGAGUCCUCCGCCGUCGUUUGAUCCCUACCGACCCCCCGUUAUUGAAGGCUUUACUCCGACUUCUCGGGGAAGUGGCGAACGCUUCCAAAGCAAAUUCGUGCGCAAGUUCCGCGAGAACCCAUUUGUGCCCAUCGGCUGCCUUGGUACUGCUGGAAUUUUGACUUAUGGACUCAUUUGCUUCAUAAAUAAUAAACCCAAGCAAUCCCAGAUGAUGAUGAGGGCCCGUGUUAUAGCCCAGGGCUUAACUAUUGCAUCCCUAUUAGUGGGCAUGGCUGUUACAAACCUGAAGUCAUCCAAGUGAACAAGAUGCUGCUGUACAAUAAUAUGAAAGUUGUCCACUAAUCAGGGUAAGAACAAGCCCGCUUGCCUGCCACCACACCACAUUUUACAGAAUGAUAUUUCACUGCUACACAGGAAGUGACUUUUCUGGUACCAAGGAGGCCCAAUUUUGUUAAAUAACAUUGUUAAUAUAUCCCAUGAAUACAAAUUUGCCUGAUGUAUAACAUUGUGUAUCAUUGCCAUGUUUUAAGACUGUCUUUCUGAUAAAGCCAGUAAGAUUAUCUGAUGUAAAUAAAACAGAUUGUAUGGAGGGCCUUUAUUAUCUAUUAGACAGUUAUGUGGUUAAAAGUGCAUCAAAAUAACACAUUUAUUAUGGAGAUUGGGUGUAAUGAACCACAUUAAGUUUGUGUUUAAAAAUCAUAAAGUUUCUAUUCUUGGUGUAUUUUUUCUGAAAUGUUUGUCAUUGUCAAGGGUGGACAGAAGUCAGGAGGAAUCUAACUGUGAUGUAUUAAAAACCAUUGUCUUAAGA